GCGACGAGGGACCGAUAAGGCUUGGCCGUUAUUCGAUACCAUUUACGUUAACCUACUAGAAAGAGAGUUCUAUCCUAAUGCAUAGAAAUCUUGACGAUAACAACUCACAUAGCUCACACUGAUCGCGUUCAAAAUCUCGUGUGGGUGAAUCAAGACAGGGCACAGGCUUGUGGACAGCGACACAGUUCGAGCUCCUGCCCACACCAAGUGACAAGAAGACGUUGUAAGAUAACAGCCAACGUGGGAGGACGACUUUAAAACUUUAAGCCGUGACUACAGAAGAAACAGUGAGAGAAAAACGGACCGAUAAAAACUACCCAAGGCAUCGGAAUACGAACUUGAACAGAGGGUGUUUUCCACAAAACUCUCAGUGUUUGUUUCGAUCGAAAGAUGGAAGCAAUUCGAUCUAUUGCCAAUAUGGAUCUUCCAUCUCAGAAUCGCCAGUCAUCAAUCAGCUGUUUCGAUCAAAAUGACUCGGAAGCACUUCAGCCAGGAGUACUGGUCGGUGGCCGGGCUGUGGCACUUGGUUUACCUACCGGAUCUAUGAGGGAGAGGUACGGGGAAAGUGGCGACGGGACUAUGGUAGCAGAGAGCAGCGGCGGGGAACAGAGCCCGGACGAUGACAGCGACGAAAGGUUCUACAUCACAGACCCGUCGGUGUGCAAUGGUCAACCUUUCGUAGUUAAGAAAAACGGACAGCAGAAAUGUUUGAGGCUGAACAUAAAUGCGCGUGAGCGGAGGCGCAUGCACGAUCUGAACGAUGCGCUGGACGAGCUGAGGUCAGUGAUCCCAUACGCGCACAGCCCUUCCGUGAGGAAACUCUCCAAAAUUGCUACUCUACUCCUGGCCAAAAAUUACAUCCUCAUGCAGGCGCAGGCGUUGGAGGAAAUGAGAAGAUUGGUGGCUUAUCUAAACCAAAGUCAAGCUAUUUCUACAACUUCUCUGCCCCCCACACCUGCACUGGGCCCAGCCUUGGGUGGCUACGAACAGCAAAGCGGUUACGCAUUCACCGCAGGAGUUACAGCCUCGUGUCCUGAGAAAUGCGCACUUUUCAACAACCAUACACCCAGCGUCUAACAAUGUGCGGACAAGCCCGAAAUGCUUUUCGCAAAUAAUCAAGAACCUAUUCCGAUCAGAAUCAUCUUCAAUAUACCAGAAAAAAACAUGUUAGUAUGCCUAGUUACCAUUUACAAAGUCACCAAAGUGGGGCCGUUUUUUCAGGAUGUGUUUUGAUUGUGUGAAUAAUGCAAACCAUUAUACCGAGUUGUAAGUGAUAUUUGGUCGUUUUAAAAAAUCAUAUUUUUAAAUUUCAUUUUCGAUAAUAUGGAGAUUAAGAAUAUUUACACGGGCCCCACGUCAUACAUAUAGGAUUACUGCUUUUUUAACAUUUAUUAAGCGUUAAUCACGCGUACUGCAUAUCAAUUGCAAGAUUACUGACUUAAUUAAUUAUACAAUUAUUACGCUCCAUGUAGGCCUGUGGAUACUCGCAUUGUUUAAUUCAGUUGUAAUGGCAAUGUUAAUAGAGUGAUUUUACCCGAGGUAUAGCCCAUUACUGUGAUUAAAAGAACACAGGCAGGUACGGCUGCUGAGGUCAACGGUUUGGAAGUCAAAUGACCAAAUACAGGCUUAAUUUCCACAGCGUGUUUGUUACAUACCUUUCAUUGUCUAUUGUUUACUUUAACAUUAAUUUAUUCUGACAACUUGAAACUCACUGCAUUGAUGCUGGGGAUUGCUGUGAUUUUUGUUGUCGUGGUUGCUGCUGCUGUCUUUAGUUCAUUUAUAUAUGCUUUUUAUUCCAUAGGCUUAAUGCAGUAUCUUUUGGAGUGACGUUAAAUAGUGUAUGCUCCUUGUCAGGUUAAAUGCAUAAAAUCACAAGGCUACAUAUGUUGGCCUAGACUGUGCAGCGUACAGAAAACAUUUGUCAUUAUUAUUGUUUAAAUAAAAUUAUUAAAAUAUUUUAACAAAA